UUUUUUUAAAAUAUUUUCACUCCAAUAACUUUACACAGUUGUCGAACAACUUUACAAAGUUAUCGUGUAAUUUUGAUAGUUGUUCGAUAACUUUGCAAAGUUGUUUAAGAACUAUCAAAGUUAUUCGAUAAUUUCGUAAAGUUAUUUGAUAAGUUUAAUAUUAUUGAGAUAACUAAUAUAGUUAUCAAAUAAUUGUUUCAAUUAUUUAAAAAUUUUAUUUUUUCAACUUAAUAAUAAUAUUGUGGGAUUUAUUUAUCUCCAUUUUUUUAAUUAAAGACUUGAGGUCUCAACUCAUUUUUUACUCCAUUUUGAUGGCAGGUUCAUACAAAGGGGAAGGGAGAACAAGAGAAAUGAGAGGAGUGGGAGGGCCAUUGUUAUGCAUCGGUGAUCUGCUGAGUGAUGUUGGAGAAAGUGAUGCCGCCGUUGAUCACCUUUCAAUCAAAACACCUUCACCGGACUACGAUUCCAGCCUUCAACCUUCUGAUCUAAACAAGCUCUUCCAGGAAAAGUAUGAGCAGCUGAACAAGGCACUUGCUGGCACAGAUCAUUCAUGGGCGCAUCUCACACUUGAGCUAUGUACUGCGCUGGAGACUGCAAACAAGUUGGUUCACUCGACCAAUUCUAAUGUUGGCACAUUGAAAGAUAAGGUUGAUGAGCUUCGACAAGUCAUUAAUAGAAGAGACUCAGCUAUAGGAGCUGCAAAAGCACUUGAAGGCUCUGAUCAAUUACCAAGUUGAAGGUUUGCAGUCUUGUUUAGCGCUGGACUUAUCACUUUGCUUUUGCAAAUACAUGCUUAGUUUAUUCUUGUCGUAAAUAUGCAUGAAUUAGAGAUGUUGGUACUGGCAAAACUUUAACACCUGCUUCCUGGUCAUCCUCUACCCAAAGGUGAAUUUUUUUUUUUUGUUACUUAUCCAGUGGCCGACUAAUUACUGCAUUUCACUGUGUACUAUUGAAACCUUUAUUCUGAUAGUAUGUAGUUUAGUAUAUCAAAGAAUACCUUUUAAGGUAGGAUGGAUAUUGUUCUGGCACUUUGUAAGUAUUUCUGACCUCACCUUGGUGCUACAUUAUCAUACACUUGCCAUUUCUCAGAAAAAAGGAUGGAUUUCGUUGUGUUAAA